AACAAGAGAGAAAAAACAUCACCAGCACUACCAGUGGCUGCACAGCUUUGUUUUGCAUUUAGAAGCUGGUCUAUUUUCUAAUAUCCUCUCAUUCCAGUUUGAAAGGAUAAUUAGGUCUGAAUCCCUGCGCAGGACACGGAAGAACAAACCAGGAGCAGGGGCUAGAAUGGAGCCCGCCAGGAGCAUCAAGCUCGUCCUGAUCCUCUGCCUUCAUCACAGCUGUGUGUGCGCACCCACCCCAGCACAUGCCCACGCAGAGGAAAGACUCCUUCAGGUUCUAUUCCAGCGCUAUAAUAAGUUCUCCCGUCCUGUUGCGAACAUCUCAGAUGUGGUGCUGGUCCAUUUUGGCCUCUCCAUUGCACAGCUAAUAGAUGUAGAUGAAAAGAAUCAAAUGAUGACAACUAACGUCUGGGUGAAACAGGAAUGGAGUGAUUACAAGCUGCGUUGGAACCCUAGGGACUACGAAAAUGUCACCUCUAUCAGAAUCCCCUCCGAGCUCAUCUGGAGACCUGAUAUUGUACUUUAUAACAAUGCUGAUGGUGACUUCGCUGUGACACACCUGACUAAAGCCCAGGUGUUCCACGAUGGUCGGAUCAAGUGGAAGCCCCCUGCUAUAUACAAGAGCUCCUGCAGUAUCGAUGUCACAUUCUUCCCUUUCGAUCAGCAGAACUGCAAGAUGAAGUUUGGCUCCUGGACGUACGACCGGGCUAAGAUUGACCUGGUGAGCAUGGGCAGCAACGUUGACCAAAUGGACUACUGGGAGAGUGGUGAGUGGGUCAUCAUCAACGCCGUGGGGAAGUACAACACCAAGAAGUACGAGUGCUGUGCAGAGAUCUACCCGGACAUCACCUACUCCUUCAUCAUCCGCCGUCUACCGCUCUUCUACACCAUCAACCUGAUCAUCCCGUGUCUGCUCAUCUCCUGUCUGACCGUUCUGGUCUUCUACCUGCCGUCGGAGUGUGCCGAGAAGAUCACCCUCUGCAUCUCCGUCCUGCUCUCACUCACCGUCUUCCUGCUGCUCAUCACUGAGAUCAUCCCAUCCACAUCGCUGGUCAUCCCGCUCAUCGGCGAGUACCUGCUCUUUACCAUGAUCUUUGUCACGCUCUCCAUCAUCAUCACGGUAUUUGUGCUGAACGUGCACCACCGCUCACCUCGCACACACCGCAUGCCCCACUGGGUGCGUCGCGUCUUCCUGCAUGCCGUGCCGCGCUACCUGUUCAUGAAGCGCCCGCCUGCCUCAGGGAAGAGGAACUGCCGCAUGCUCAUUGAGAUGAUGCACAGGCCGGCACUGCCGUCGACACUGCUGUUGGGCAUCCCUGAAGUGGAGCCCUGCCCCAACGUGGGUGUGCCCUCUGCCACUCCAUCCAGCGAGCUCCCAAGGGAACCGCCUCCCAAUACUCCGCUUUUCUGCAGUUCCCCUAGCAGCCAAUACUCUAUCCUACAAGAGGACCCUGUACGCAGGCUCCGGCCACAAGUGCAUGCCUCCCUACCCUCUAGUCCCAGCUCUUCUCAGGACACCCCCCUCAGCUCCCUGGUUCAUACGCUGUCCCUCAGCAGUGUGCGCUACCGCAGUGCCGAGAAUGUGCUCGUUGAAACCAAGGAGUGCACAGAUGAGAUGGAGGCUCUCCGGCUUCCCAGUGAGCACAAGGGUGCCAGCACAGAUGCCCAUGCCAGUGUAGACAUGGUUGAGAGCAGCAGAGCGGGUUCGACCGGUAAACUCCUGGACACUCAGAACUCAAGCUCCAAUUGCAAAGUACCCAAGAUGGAGGAGCCAGAGAGCCGACUGGCCCAGUCACUGCUCCGCGCCCUCGAAGGUGUCCAGUAUAUCGCUGACCACCUCCGAGCCGAGGAUUCCGACUUUUCAGUGAAAGAAGACUGGAAAUAUGUUGCCAUGGUGAUCGAUAGAAUAUUCCUCUGGAUGUUUGUGCUGGUGUGCAUUCUAGGAACAGCUGGACUGUUUCUGCCUCCAUGGCUGGCUGGAAUGAUCUAGAACGUACUAGGGAUCUCAGCAGUCAGACGGCAAAAGGAGGAAGAUGGCAACGAGACCUGCCAGUCACUCGGCAGUGUGAUCAUUAGAACUUAUGCCCUAUUAUUUGGACAGUGCAGAUGUGAUUUGACACAUUCCUUAGCGUCCUGCACGACCAGCAUGACAAUGAGGAGUUUGGGCAAGGUCGGUUUAUAUUUCUUUGGCAGAAGAUUCAUUUCUGUCAUUUCAGCAAUGUCCAGUUUCUGGCACAGUAGAUCCACUGUGCCGCCCUCCAGAACCCUUUCAUCCUUCACUGUAUUAUUCCAUUCAAAUCUACAGUAGGUCCAUUUAAAGCAGCUGCCAUUACAUUCUAAAACGUUCUCCAUCUACAAAACUGCAGACCAUCUGUGAAAGAUUAACACUUCAUUUAAGUUAAACAUAUAUAGACAGCUUUGAACCUUAUAUUAAAGUAAAAAAAAAAAACCUCUAGUCAUACAUUUGUACUCUGCUAGAGCUGAUUUUGCAGGUAAAAGAUGCCAAUAAAUGAUUUUAAUACA